GCGAGGUUCUCCUCUCCGUCGACUGCGAGGCAGAGCAUGGCGCCCAAGGCCGUCCGGCCCAAACCGUGUUUCCAGGAGGGUGAGCGGGUGCUGUGCUUCCAUGGGCCGCUGCUGUACGAAGCCAGGUGCGUGAGAGUGGCUGCUGAGGAGCGGGCGCCCAUCUACCUCAUUCACUACAUGGGCUGGAACAAGAAGUGGGACGAGUGGGUGUCCGAGAGCCGCAUCCUCGAGUACUCGCCGGCCAACGUGCGGCGACAGCGCGAGCUGCAGAAAGUCCAGGCCCAGGCCCAGGCCAAUGCUAAGGGCCGUGGGGCCGUGGGCGGAGGGAGGAAGGCCGCGACCCCUGAGAAGAAAGCCGGAGGUUCCCAGAGGAAAGCGGCGGGCUCCCAGAGAAAGGCCGCUGGCCCCGAAAGAAAGGCUACCCGCUCCGAAAAGAAGGCCGUGAUCGUUGAGAGAAAGGCCGCGGUCUCUGAGAAAAAGGCCGUGGCCUCUGAAAGGAAGGCUGUAGUCGCUGGGAGGAAGGCCCCCUCCCAAGGUAGGAGAGCCGCAGUAACCGAGAAGGCUGCGGUCCCCGAGAGGAGGGGCUCUGGCACCGCGAGGAAGGUGGCCAGAGCCAAGGAGGCCGAGCAGCCCGUGAGCAGCCAGGGUGGGGGCUCCCCCCGAGCUGGCCCCGCGACCCUGCCACCACGAGCAAAACGCUCUCGCACUCGCAGGGAGGCGGCGGCCUCCAAGGCGGAGGUUAAGGUGCAGAUACCCGAGGAGCUGAAACCCUGGCUCGUGGAGGAUUGGGACCUGGUGACGAAGCAGAAGAAGCUGUUCCUGCUGCCUGCCCGCCACAGCGUGGACUCGAUCCUGCAGGAGUACGCGGGCCUCGACAAGUGGCGCUGCCGAGCCGGGGUCCCGGCCCCGGCGCUGACGGUGGACGACGCAGUGGCCGGCAUCAAGGACUACUUCAACGUCCUGCUGGGCACGCAGCUGCUGUACGACUUCGAGCGCCCGCAGUUUGCCCACGUGCAGGCGGCGCAUCCUGAGGCCCCGCUUUCCCGCGUGUAUGGCGCCCCGCACCUGCUGCGCCUCUUCGUGCCCCUGGGCGCCGUGCUGGCCUGCGCGCCGCUGGAGCCGCCCAGCCGCACCCUGCUCAUGGGCUACCUGCACGACUUCCUCGAGUACCUGGCGGAGAAUUCGGCGGCGCUCUUCAAUGCCAGCGAGUACGAGACGGCACCGCCCGAGUACCGGCAGAAGGCUCUCUAGGGAAGCCGCGACCAGCAAUCGUGUGCCGAGGGAUGGGUCCCGACCUUCGUUUUACCAAGACCUUCGUUCCCGCUCUUUUGUUGGCUUUUUUGUAAUGCAGCUUCUCUUUAAACUGUGACUAUUUCCACGGGCAAAUUUUCUCAUUGCCUGCAUUGAUGAAGAGUACAGAUUUGUGUGUGUUUUUUUUUUUCCUAUUUUGAUUUUAAUACAAAUUUUAACAUCAUAGGAGAAAUGCAUUAUUGUAUAUCCAUGUUUUUUGGGGGAACGGGUCUUCCAGGAGGUGUUUCAAUUCUUAGAAAUAAAUCUUUUUUAUUUGAUAAAAAAGUAACGUUUGAAGAAAUUUCUUCAGCCAGCAAAACGGUCGAAAAGUUGUAAUGGUUCAUUUUAUAUUCGCUUUUUUUGUGUUAUCUUCCUUUAAUAAUUCCGUGAGGAGCUGCGCCUUCGGCCAGGGUGGCGGUGGGAGGGCCCCCGGGUGAGGAGGGGGUUCUGUUAGACCGUUUUACUUCAACUGAUCAUCUUGUUCAGUUGUGUCUUCAUAACUUUGUUGGGGCGGAGAGUCGGGACUGGUUUUCCAUUUCUUUAUCAUCCAUA